AGACCUGCAAACAUGUGCUGUGUGGGGUCCUGAGGACCGAAUUUGAGAACCUGUGUGUUAGAGGAUAGGGAAGAGGGGAGAACAGCCCCAACUCAUCCCUGUUGGCAUUGCAAGCUCCGGAAUCCCGGCAUUGGUCUACUGACCAUCGGGAUUAAAAAUAUGUGACUCUCUCGUUGAGAAGAUACUGUUGGAUGAACAUGGACACAACCUGACUCCAGAACUGAAAGUUCUUCAGGCAAAGCACAAGCAAUUUCUUCUAGAGAAAACGGAAAGACUAGUGGAGCACAGACCCCCGGGAUCAAUGCAGGAAGAGCAAAGUUUCUACAUUUCCGAGCGUUAUGUGAACAUGACUGUCGUGUCCAUUGAUCAUUUCAGGCAGCGCUCUCAGGAUGAACUGACUGAAACUGGGAGACAACAUGAGCAUAGAAUGAAAAAAGAAUCGGUUAUGCUGGAGCACAUAAGCCUUAACAAACUGUUCCGAUGGUCCCGGCAAACCGAAUGCGUGCCUAGUGUAGUGAUGGUGUGUGGAGUGCCCGGCGUGGGGAAAACCACUCUGAUGCAGAAGUUUGUCUAUGACUGGGUGACUGGAAAACUCUACCAGAGAUUCGCUUUUGUCUUCUUUUUCAAAUUCCGGCAUCUCAACAAACUAGAUGAGGUCAGUUUGGAGGAUAUGAUCGGUGGGCGUUUCCCACAUCUGGAGAGACACCUUGGACACAUCUUGCAAGAUCCAGGAAAGCUGCUCUUUAUAUUUGAUGGCUUAGAUGAAAGUAGCCAUGACAUGGAUUUUACGCCAAGCCAGUUGUGUGAUAAUAUAAAACAAUCUGUAAACAUUGGUAUGAUUGUGGUUAGCUUGUUGAGAAAGUCUCUUCUCGAAGGCUGUUCUUUAAUAAUGACCAGCCGCCCUACUAAGAUAGCUAAGCUAGCAUCACAAAAUACAGAUGUUUUUCAACGAGUAUGUGAAAUUAUGGGAUUCUUUUCAGGAGAAAGGCGGAUGUACUUUGACCAAUUUUUCCAAAAUAAUGUAUUGUCACAAAUGGCAUUUGAUCAUGUCAAGAGAAACAACACACUAUACACUUUCUGCUACAUCCCAUCCUACUGCUGGAUCCUUUGCACAGUACUAUCAAUGUUUUUCACAACCCAAAGACCCAGCAAUGAUCAGUUGAUGUCUUCAUUUCCCAAAACACUGACUCAGCUUUUUGGGACUUUUGUUAGCAACAUUUUGACCAAUCACAGCCAGGGAAUAAGUGAUGCUUCAGAACUGAUGGCAUCUAUUGGACGGAUGGCAGAACAUGGAGUGGAAAACCAAAUACUAGUAUUUGACGAACGAGACCUGGGAUCAUUUUGUGUGAACACUUCCUCACAUCUCUUCUCAAGUUUCAUGAUAGAAGCUGGCCAUUCUUCUAAUGUGAACUUUUCAUUUCUGCAUCUCACCCUCCAAGAGUUUUUUGCUGCUUUGGUCCAUUAUCUUGACUAUUCUCAGAAGAAGUUACAAACUUUACUUGGCAAAACGAACAUAUAUGCAGACAGCCGAGCUAAAAUAUUUCUUUGCUUCCUCUGUGGUUUUUUGGAUAAGUCUACCAGAUCCCUUUUGAGUUUUGAGUUUUCCAGGACAGCUUUGAAAGAUGUAACCAGUUGGCUACAGGCGUCUAUUGCUGAUGUCCCACAUGACACAGACAUUGAUAUGGGUAAAUGUCUAAAUAUAUUUGCUUGCCUCUUUGAGUCCCAGGAUAGGACUCUAGUAAAAGAAUGUUUGGGGUCAAAUAGGAAUUUUGCAUUUCCCAAAGUCUUUCAUCUAACACCUGUGGACUGUACCUCGUUAGCCUUUGUCCUUGAAUCCUGCAGAGAGACAGAGAAGCUCGAUUUCUGCAAGUGUGCUGUGCAGAGUGAGUGCUGGGAGAGACUGGCUUCAGUUCUACACACUAUCAAGAUCAUCAACCUCUCCUUCACUGGCCUGAAGGACUCAAAUGUUCAGUUUAUAACAUCUGCAUUAGAGCAUCAUGAGUGCCGGAUUCAACACCUGUGUUUGGAUCACAAUAGAUUGACGGACAGUUCCUGCUCCCAGCUGGCAUGUGCGAUAAGAAGAAACCAGUCCCUGCGGAAACUUAAUCUGUCUCAUAACACUCUGGAGGGUCCUCAUUUCUGUGACUUGACAGCAGCUCUUUCCACUCCAACAUGUAGGAUAGAGGAAUUAUUUUUGAAUUACAAUAAUCUGACGGACAGUUCCUGCUCCCAGCUGGCAUCCGCAAUAACAAAGCUGCAGUCCUUGAGGAUACUUGGUCUGUCCCACAACAGUCUGGGCGGUCCUCAGUUCCAUGACUUUGUGACAGCUCUGUCCAGUCCAACGUGUAGGAUAGAGGAAUUAUUCUUAAGGCAAACUGGUCUAGAAGGGCGCUCUUGUUCCGAGUUGUCUUCUGCAGUCCGCAGUAACCAGUCCCUGAGGAAGCUUGACCUAUCUGGCAAUGACCUGGCUGGUCCUCACUUCGGUGACCUGAUGUCAGCUCUGUCCAAUCCAGCUUGCCGGAUAGAGAAACUAGUUAUGGAGGAUACCAAGUUGACAGAUGAACAAGCUCCACUACUGGCUCCACUGAGUAACAACACAAGUCUCACACAUCUAGAUCUAACUUCCAAUGGAUUUAAGGACCAUGGCUACAUCAUCAUCAAGAAACUCAUACAGCAAUCUAUUGCCCUAACAGAGAUCAGACUCCCUGGCCUUGGCUGGUCAGACCAACAAAUACAGGACCUGAAGAGAGUGCAUAGACCAGGUCUGACGCUGAAGAUUUCAUAGUGACAUAUUAUGCGGCCAGUGAUCUCACUUAUAGUUAUUGUGCUAUUCAGGGCUGUAACGGGGCGCUUCCGCAGGACUACAAGAGACUGACUCUAUGUUUUUUUGUUUUUGGAGAGCAUAUGAGACAUUCCAAUGUGCUAUGAUUAGAAGUACAGGGUGCUACUAGGUUGAAGCAAAGAAUAUUUGGGAUAUAGCUUUCAGAGACCCCAUCCUGGAGCUAUAUCAAAAUCUACUGCCACCUACACUGGGCAAGUGAGUGCUACUAUAUCCAGUUACUACAUGUUUGGUGGAGGGCAUUCCUUACCAAUGGGUUACCUUCUGGCUGGUUGGUGAGGGCAAUGGAAUACAAAAGUUCUCGGGCAUCCAAUGUCUAAGGCAGUG